GAACAGAGCCGUCGGCGAUGGCGAACGCAACCCUUCUUCCAAGCCCGCCUAGGCGCGAUCCUGUAGAAUAAUAAUUUCGAACCGGGUAGACGCCGCUGAUUGCUAUCGUAUCUGUUGCAAUCCUUAGCUGUGAUUCCUCGCAUUUUAAAAGAUCCUUCUGCAAAGUCAGGUCCGUCCUGUUUCGAGCGCCAAAGUCAUUUUUACUCCCUUGGGCCGCACUGCUGUACCCCUCUAACUCACCUCCUAUUGGCAAAGAUCACACCUUCGUCGGCCAACAUGAGAAUUUCCACCUUCCUCAGCUCGGCUUGUUGGGUAUCCAGUGUCCUAGCGGCAUUCGACCUCAACCGUGCAGGUGCGGCUCUGAAAGCACCUGCCGGAGACUCAUUCGCCUCUGUGAGCGGCACCUUCACCGUCCCUAACCUCUCGGGCACCAACCGGCUCUCCAUUUGGGUAGGCCUCGGCGACAGCCUUGAGCAAACCUAUGUCCUCGGCGGUGGUAUUCUGUUCAACAGGACAUAUUCGAGCUGGGCCGCCUUCUUCCCCGGCCAAGCAACCGACACGACGUCGCAGGUGCCUGUCGCCAAUGGAAACCAAAUCACGGUCACGGUCACGGCCCAGGCAAGUGGUGGGACGGUGACCAUCGAGAACAAAACGCAGAAUAGGAGGGCGACUCAGACGAUUGCAGCUCCCGCGGGUGCAGAUCCAUCGGCGCUCACCGCGGCGGAUUGGUGGGUGCAGGCUUAUCAGGUCGUCCCUGGAGAACUCGUCAAGACUCCCAGCUACGGUACUGUCUCAUUCACGAGCUGCACGACGACGACGAAGAGUGGGACCAGCGUACCCAUCUCUAAUGCAGGACGUUAUGAGAUCCAAGGCACCAGUGGACAGAUGUAUUCGUCGACGACCGUCUCGGGCACCGGAGUCUCCGUCAGACGAACUGGCUAG